CUUGCUGCCGUACCUCAGAGAGCUUCGGACCUUAGUUUCAUAACUACAGUGGAAUGAAUUGUGAUGAUUUAUAGGCUAGCAUGUCGGAAGAUGAUUAGAGUUAGGAUGGAUUUGACAACCAGAAAUAAUUAGUUGGUCGAUCAAUCUGUAUCUAACUGUAUGUUGUAACUCAAUGCAACAUUUUCAGUACUCCCUCUGUCUAGGUGUAUUAGUCCUAAGAAGGUGCAUCGCAACCUAGGCAUGUAGAGAUUGAGCUAGGAGGAGAACUGAACCGUAGAUCAAGCCAAUCACAUUGCUCUUUUUCCAACUGAAAACGUGCUAUUAAUUAGGGAGAUUAAAGCCGUGGUGGUUCGGCUAAUGCAUGCAGCCCAUGGUCGCUUCAAAUCCCAAUCAGCACACCACGCAAACGGCAUGCAUUGGUCACUGUAAUUAAGAGAUGGGUCUAAUUACUACACAUGCAACUAGUAUUAGUGCUUGGCGCCUUAGCGUUUUGGGAAAUUUUUAUUUUAGUUAGAUGCCCAAUACACCGGGACGGAGGGAGUAGUAGUUUGGUGUGGAGGCCACCAUCUCAUGGCCCUUUAACUGACCAAAAAAAAAAACCCAGCAAACCAUGUAAAUUGGCAACCGAAAUUUUUGAAAGGGAAGAAUGCCAAAUGAUUAAGAAUUUAGACCUCAAUAAAGUUUUUUCUAUGCAAACUGCUGCACGUAUCCUCAGUCACAACUGGCUCCCUGUAUAACAUAAAACAUUAUCCCUCUAUUUUUAAUUGUUAUAUUUUUGAAGACUUACAUUUAAUAAUUUUUGGGAUCAAUACUUGUGUUUCAACGGAACUGUCGUAUUUGUGGCAUGAUCUAACUCGAUUCAUGUUUGCUCACACAAAAUAAAAAUAAAAAGAUGAACUUAUAAUUCUACGGCGGCGUGCGUAAGUGUCAAUAAACUAUCACCAAAAUGUAGUUAAGGUCACACAAAUUAAAUUCAUGAAUAUACUUUAUAUGGGCCAAACUUAGUCUAUUCAUUACUGGCACCGCCAAUGCUAUUGGUCAAUUAAAAGAGCAAUGACAAUAAACAGCCAAUAGGCAGCUUGCCAACCUCUUUUAGAAGACAAUUCCAGCUGGCCGCCUUUGUAGACUGCGGUGCGUGGCCACAAAAAGAAAUCAGAGGAGGGUAGUUAGCUGUCCUUUGCUCUUGACUGGUUUGUUCCUGCAACUGCAAGCAGAUGAAGUUUCUGUCUUGAUCCCGGUUGAUUGAAAUGACCGUCUGUAGCUUCUCAGUUUAUCUACCCUCCGUAUCCAUGCACAUGUAUAUUCAGUUUAGUUACCUGCACUUCUGGUACUCCUUUGUUUUGUUCACUAGUUGGUCAAUAAUCUUGUAUCAUCCAUUGCAGGUGUAGCAGCAUGGUUUCCCCCUGGUAAUUGACUGAUAAUUUUUCUGUUAUCUAUUGCGAUUCUAGCUUGCACUCAGCCUUGUGAGAUCUUUAAAACUAUCGAUGGGCUAGAAGACUGCAGGUUUAUAAUCUUUCGGUUUCUGCCAGUCGCAAGGAAUAUCCUAGUGUUUUUGGUGGACCUCUGGCGCUGAGUUUGUCUGAUCCAUGGCUGCCAUACUUGAAACUUUGCUUAAAUCAAGUGUCAAUAAGUUGCAAGAUGUAAUUACAGAUGAGGCCAUACUAAUCCUAGGGGUGGAAGAAGAGCUCACAAAACUGUUGCGGCGAGUGGAACUAAUUCAGUGUUGUAUAUACGAUGCUGAGAAAAGGAGGACAAAAGAGCAAGCAGUAAACAAUUGGCUUGGUCAACUGAGAGAUGUUAUAUAUGAUGUUGAUGAAAUCCUGGAUGUGGCUAGAUGUAAAGGAAGCAAGCUACUUGCUGACCACCCUUCACCAUCAUCAGGCAAAUCAGUUGCAUGUAAAGGCCUUUCAGUUUCCUGUUGUUUUUGCAACAUAGUGCCACGCCAUGAUGUUGCUGUUCGGAUUAGAAGCCUCAAUAAAAAGAUUGAGAUCAUUGCAAAUGACAAGAUAUUUUCAACUUUCAAUAAUAGCACACAGCCUAUUGGAAAUGGCCGAACAUCAAAACUGAUAAGAAGUUCCAACCUUGUUGAGCCCAACCUUGUGGGAAAGGAGAUUCUACAUUCUACCAGGAAGUUAGUGGACUUAGUUCUUGCACACAAGGAAUACAAGUCUUACAAACUUGGUAUUGUUGGAACUGGAGGAGUUGGUAAGACAACCCUAGCUCAGAAAAUCUACAAUGACCAAAAAAUAAAAGGAUGCUUCAAGAUGCACGCAUGGAUUUGUGUAUCACAAGACUACAAUGAAGUAACUCUUCUUAAAGAGGUUCUCCGGAAUAUUGGUGUACAUCAUGAGCAAGGUGAAACCAUAACAGAGCUGCAGAGGAAGCUUGCAGAAACAAUUGAAGGGAAGAGUUUCUUUCUGGUUCUAGAUGAUGUGUGGCACUCCAAUGUAUGGACAGAUUUAUUAAGACCUGCAUUUCAUGAAACGACUGCUGGAGUAAUAUUGGUAACCACACGAGAUGAUCAAAUUACAAAGAAAAUAGGUGUAUACCAUACCCACCAAGUUGAUCUCAUGUCAGUAGAGGUGGGAUGGGAGCUACUUUGGAAGAGCAUGAACAUUGAUGAAGAGAAAGAAGUGCAGAAUUUGAGAAACAUAGGAAUUGGAAUUGUUCAGAAAUGCGGCCGCCUCCCUCUUGCAAUCAAGGUUACCGCUAGUGCAUUGGCAAGCAGAGAUCUAACGGAGAAUGAGUGGAGAAAGUAUUUGGGCAAAUAUGUUGGCUCCCACAGCAUGAUCUCAGAUGAUAUCCAAGGAUCUCUGUAUCUAAGCUAUGAUGAGUUACCACAUCGUCUUAAGCAGUGUUUCCUUUAUUGUGCUCUGUAUGCUGAAGAUUCUAUCAUUGAACGUGAUAAAGUUACCUGGUUAUGGAUUGCUGAAGGCUUCAUUGAGGAGCAGCAAGGCCAACUACUAGAAGACAUAGCAGAAGAGUACUACUACGAGCUAAUACAUCGGAAUCUCCUCCAGCCAGAUAUUUUAAGUUUUAGCCAGGCUAGAUGCAAAAUGCAUGACCUCUUAAGACAACUUGCUUGUAAUAUAUCAAGAGAAGAAUGUUUUAUUGGAGAUGUUGAAACACUAAGGGGUGAAUAUAUGUCAAAGCUGCGACGUGUUACUGCUAUCACUUACAAGGAUAAAUUAGUCUUACCUAGUAUGAAUAAGGUGGAAGUUAAGGUGAGAACUUUCCUAACUGUCAAUGGUCCGCAGAGCAUCGAGGAUGCAUUGUUCAAGAGAUUUCUGCUCCUUCGUGUUUUAGUAUUGAACUGCUCACUUGUGCAAAGCAUUCCAAACUAUAUAGGAAAACUGAUACAUCUACGCCUACUUAAUCUAGAUUACACUCGCAUAUCUUGUCUUCCGAAAUCCAUUGGCUCCCUAAAGAACCUUCAAGUACUGAGCUUGAGAUGGUGCGAUGAUCUGCACACUCUUCCUUCGGCAAUGACCCUGUUGAGCAGUUUAAGAUGUCUUGAUCUUCUUGGCACAAAAAUAAAUCAGGUUCCAAAAGGGAUUGGAAAAUUGAAGCUCCUCACUUGUUUUGGAGAUUAUCCUGUUGGUGAUGGAAGUGAUAAUGCUGUUAUACAAGAUGGAUGGAAGUUGGAAGAGUUGUCUUCUUUAUCGCAGAUGAGGUAUCUUUGUCUUGUUAAAUUGGAAAGAGCAGCUCACUGCAGUAGAAAUGCAGUGCUUACAGACAAAAGGCAUCUACAAAAACUAAUACUAGAGUGGACGGAACAUGGAGAGGGGUCAUAUUCAAAAGAAGAUGUUAGUAAUACUGAGAAGGUCUUUGAGCAGCUAAUACCUCCGCACAACCUGGAAGUCAUGUGUAUUUUACAUUUCCUUGGUCAGCAGUAUCCCACCUGGUUUGGUGCCACCUGUUUGUCUUCAUUAAUGUCCUUGGUCUUCAUAGGUGUACGAUCAUGUGUGCAUCUUCCACCCAUUGGGCAGCUACCCAACUUGAAAUUUCUGAGAAUUGAUGGAGCACAUGCAGUUACCAAGGUUGGACCUGAAUUUGUUGGUUGCAAGAAGGGUGAUCCUGUAUGUGAUGAGUUGGUUGCUUUCCCAAAACUUGAAUGGUUGAUCUUCGCAGAUAUGCCCAAUUGGGAGGAGUGGUCUUUUUUUGAGGAAGAAGUUGCUGCUGCUGAUGUAAGGGGAGAGGAUGGAGCUGCUGAGAUUCGAAAAGUGGAUGCCCAACCUGCAAGGGUGCGACUGUUGCCCCAUUUGUUGAAAUUGCAACUUCACGGUUGCCCGAAGCUGAGGGAUCUCCCGCAACAGCUUGGAAAGGAUACCGCCUGUUUGAAGGAGCUCAGUUUAAGUGGACGAAGCAACUUGAAGGCUGUGGAGGACCGCCCAGUGCUCUCUGAGGUCCUUGCUAUUGGGUAUUGUGAAGGCCUUGAGAGGAUCUGCAACCUCCCUCAAGUGACAGAGCUGCGUGUAUCUGGUUGUCCAAACUUAAGCCAUGUAGAGGGGUUGGGCAGUUUGCAGCGGCUGUUGCUGGGUGAGGAUAUGCAAGAGGUCUCUUCCCGCUGGGUGCCUAGGCUUCAAGAGGAGCACCAGCGACUUCAUGGCGAAGACCUGGAUAUCUACACAUGGACCAGUUAGACGGCACAAGAGUUGAUAAUAUGGGCAAACGGUGAAAGGCCACGACAAGUACUUGUUCAUGGAGCUAUCAGUGGGAGGAGAAGCGUGAAGGACAAGGGGCAAAGUUAUGUUCUCUCUGAUGGAGCUGAAGAAGAAGGAAACUGCAGAAACUACUUAAUAGCCACACCAUCUGCCAAAAAACUUAAUAGUGCAAUGCAGUGCUCUUCAGUGGUACUACUAUCGUUUUCUUUUCUGAACUUAAUCAUUGUGUGAUGGAGAUCGAUGAUACUCUCGUAUGUUUUAUCUGCGUUUUAAUUACUUAUGUGAAACGCACUGCACUGCACUGCACUCUGGUUUAA